AUGCCUGUCCGACGGCGACUCUGUGGUAAGCAGCUGCCGCCAGACGGCCCCUCUGACCGGGAGGCACGCAAGCAGCUGCUGAUAUGGCUGCGCGACAAAUGGGCUGCGCAGCGAAUGGCCGCUCGGAAUGAGCACGGACACGCCAAGCGGCAGCGGUGGAGAGCUUCAUUUGCACAAGCCGACAGGCCGCAGAUUUUGCGCGACAUGUUGCCGCAAAUUCCUGUGAAGUUUGCACGUGCUGCACGUGAUAUACUGGCAGGGUGGCAUGUCGAAGAGCCGAUUGUCAACGAGCCAUCGCCGCAAGCAUACAAGGGCACUGGUACUAUGUUCCGAUACAGUGGCUCCUUUAGCAUGAUUGAGCAUCAACCUUCCUUGGACCUGCUUGCGGCAGGACCAUCUGUCGACAUUGAUCUGCUCAGUGCCGGCCUACGAAACGCACCGCAGGUGCUUGCGAUUUGGGAUGACUUUCAAAGUUGGAUGACCGAGCUCGGCAACAAGUACCGCUUUGAACGGGUCAGCACCGCCCUGGAGCUCCACACAGAGGUGACGCUGCAACGCAGAGUGCCUUCCAUUCACUUGCACAUGAUGUUUGACACCCGCGACUCGGCAGCAAUGCGGGCUCUAGCACCGUACCUUCCUGGCCCAUGCAAGCGCAUGUUGCGGCCAGGGCGACAAGUGCAUCUGUCUGGACAAAGUUUGGCAUUUCGUGGGUGCAAGCCGCACAUCUCCUUGGAUUCCUCGCAGGCUCGUGGGCGGUCAGUCCGUCGUGCACUGGAUCAAGGGCACUUUUAUCUCCAAGUGGAGAAGAAAGGGUCCAUUUUUCGCCAGACCACUUGCCCAGCAUACCAGACUUUCACAGUGAGCCCCGACUGGGUGACUGGACUUUGGCAGGGGGAUAAGAUUAACAAGUGUGCCGAGCAGCACUACGUCCAAUGCAAGCGCAACAUUCGUGCUUACUGUGAGAACCUGAAGUACCAUGGCCAGAAACAACGGGAGCUGUACAUUCAGCAGCAGCAGGCUGCUGCAGCAGAGCUCUUGCGCCCACUGCAGAAAGAGCCAGUGGAACUACCAGAAGUGACGCAGCUGUACUUGCCACAGUUCACGCGGCCUAUGCAUCGCCGAAAAUUCUUGGUGCUGAAUGGCCCAACGCGCCUGGGGAAGACUGUCUAUGCACGGUCUCUCUUUGGCGCAGAUCACACGUAUGAAACCAAUUGUUCUGGGGUGUUGGAGCCCGACAUGAGGGAAUAUGAUGUGCUACGGCACCGGUGUGUGGUGUUUGAUGAAGCUAGUGUCCAUCUUGUCUUGAAGCACAAAAAAUUGUUUCAGGCGCCGCCUGCCGAAAUUUCACUUGGGCACUCGGCGACAGGCAUGUAUGUUUAUCGCAUCUGGGUUUGGAAUGUCGCUCUCAUUGUCACAUCCAAUGUCUGGACCACCGAACUGGAGCAGCUCGCUGCAGAAGAUCGGGAAUGGCUAGAAGGGAAUGCGAGUCUCCAUAUUGUCUGCCUGUGUGACACACGGCUUGCCGGCGUCCCUGUGCAUGCCAUGAUGCCGGAUGCAGCUGCAGCUGAAGUAGUCCGAUUACAGCAAGCUUUAGUGGCUAACCGGAACGAGUUGAAAGGCGCUUACCAGCAGGCCAGACGGCAGCAAAAGAGAGUGCAAUGUUGUGGCCUGGGGCCUGCAGCUCGCCGAACGACCCUAGCUGUGUAUGUGCUGUCCAACUACAACAUAGCUCUCGCUGUCCGCGUGGCUUGCAGGUUAUCCACGUACAAGCGCCCUGAGGAUGCUGGGUUCCCAACAGCUGCAGCCCUAGAAGAGCUUUUUUUGGAAUCCCCGCCAACAGACUGGCUUGAAUUCGGCGAGCUAGCAGCGCAGAGGGCACACGCCUUUUUGGCAGAGGCCGCAACUUCGGAUUGGGUGCGUGAUUGCAAUGUCUUGCAUGGUGUGGCCCCUUCCUCGAUGGACGUCUUCUUGCACUGGGAGCAUGCCUUUAUCGGCCAUCAGCUCGACGUGGGUGUCCCUCCGCGACGCUACGUGAACAAGUGGGCGCAGAAGUGGCGUGCGCGCUGGGGUGUCCGCCGCAAAGUGUUGAAACAGGUGGUGCACAAGGUCAAUGCUUUUUGGCGGCAUCUGCGCUAUCUAUACCAGAAGUUUGCCGACCGAGACAUUCUCAUGUUGAAUGUUGAUGAGACGAGCGUAGGGUAUACCAUGAAGCCGCGGCUUGGCAAUGUGGUGGCUCCUGCGGUCGCGAAAGUGUCGAGUCUCCAUAUUGUCUGCCUGUGUGACACACGGCUUGCCGGCGUCCCUGUGCAUGCCAUGAUGCCGGAUGCAGCUGCAGCUGAAGUAGUCCGAUUACAGCAAGCUUUAGUGGCUAACCGGAACGAGUUGAAAGGCGCUUACCAGCAGGCCAGACGGCAGCAAAAGAGAGUGCAAUGUUGUGGCCUGGGGCCUGCAGCUCGCCGAACGACCCUAGCUGUGUAUGUGCUGUCCAACUACAACAUAGCUCUCGCUGUCCGCGUGGCUUGCAGGUUAUCCACGUACAAGCGCCCUGAGGAUGCUGGGUUCCCAACAGCUGCAGCCCUAGAAGAGCUUUUUUUGGAAUCCCCGCCAACAGACUGGCUGGAAUUCGGCGAGCUAGCAGCGCAGAGGGCACACGCCUUUUUGGCAGAGGCCGCAACUUCGGAUUGGGUGCGUGAUUGCAAUGUCUUGCAUGGUGUGGCCCCUUCCUCGAUGGACGUCUUCUUGCACUGGGAGCAUGCCUUUAUCGGCCAUCAGCUCGACGUGGGUGUCCCUCCGGGACGCUACGUGAACAAGUGGGCGCAGAAGUGGCGUGCGCGUUGGGGUGUCCGCCGCAAAGUGUUGAAACAGGUGGUGCACAAGGUCAAUGCUUUUUGGCGGCAUCUGCGCUAUCUAUACCAGAAGUUUGCCGACCGAGACAUUCUCAUGUUGAAUGUUGAUGAGACGAGCAUAGGGUAUACCAUGAAGCCGCGGCUUGGCAAUGUGGUGGCUCCUGCGGUCGCGAAAGUGUCGAAGCAGGAUCGGAGAGGAGCUUGGACAUACCUCAGCCUCAUUUGCAAUGCUACAGAUGUCCAAGGGAAGUUACCACAUUACCUGAUAGGUUCCAAGACGAGGCUGACGUGCAAGUUGCUGCGGGCACAGAAAGCCUUGCCACCAACCCGAUUGAAGAUCAUUGCGCAAAAGUCUGCAUGGACUUCUGCUGCGAACAUGGUGCAACUCUUGCGAGACAUUGGUGAGGUGCUGAAGCUGUAUCCAGGCAAACAAGGUAUCUUGUUGCUGGACUGUGCGCCUAGCCACUUGCCAAAGGAGGUCAUGCAAGCGGCAAAGAGGCAGAAGGUGCAGCUGGUUUACAUACCGGCGCAAUGCACUGAUGUGCUGCAGCCGCUGGACAUUUGUGCAUUUGCUGGCUUCAAAGCCUUUUUGCGGGCAAGGCACGAAGGUCUGAAAGCAACUUCCCAGCAUGGUUUGGUGAAUCCCCUGGCAUGGAUUUGGGAGCUGAUGCAAUGCCCGCGUGAAUUUUUCGCGCAGAAGGCAUGGCGCAGUAGCUUCGCAGCGGUCGGAUGCACCAAUCCGCCUGAUCCGCAAGUACUCCAUCGGGAGCUGCGGGAGUUGAUGGAUUUUCCGGUGAGUUUCCCCGAAGGGGUCAAACCAACCCGAGAGGAAGUGCAAUGUUUGUGGCCAGAGCGACGCCGUAUGGUGUAUGCUUACAAAGCCUUGUUUUGA